AUGGUGGUAAUGGGUGGGCUGCCUGAACUCACCACAAAAUUAUACAUAGACUUCCUGCAGCUCCACGUCAAACCCAACAACGACAGUCUCAGCAGUAAGAGAGCAGGUGAUUCCCAUGCACAAACCACUUCAACCAACAGCACACAUAGAGAGCCUGACACGGAGGACCGUAUAGGGUCCGGGAAGUACAUUCUGCCCACCUGCCCCCUGCGAUGCCCGGUGUGGGACAGUGAAGGGGGGGGGGCUUACAGGCUCUUGUCCCACAACAGCCUCCCUCCGCCACACGACAGACACCUCCAGUGGCCUAUACGCUGUCCGCAGACCCCCUCAGUCCCUCCCCCCUGGUGCCCUGCCCUGCCCACCCGGCGGUCUGCUCUCCAGUCCCUGAGCUGCCAGAGCCAAUCCGCGGCUGGGCUGGCAUUACGCUGUGUUAUGAAGUCCCCUCGGGUAAGAAUAGAAGUGCUGUGCGUCUUUCGAGCGCAGGUGCCUCAGGUGAUCUCUGACGAACAGCGCAAAGGACAGUCGUCUUCUGUUUAUGGACUCAAGGUGGCGAUGUCUCCCGGAGAGGACGGCCUGAUUGGGAUCCCCUUCCCAGAGCACAGCAGCGAGCUCCUGUCCCACCUGAACAUCCAGAGAAGGAGCGGCCUCCUGUGUGACCUCACACUGACGUCCCAUGGUGCACGCUACCCCACCCAUCGUGCCGUCAUGGCCGGCGUCAGCAUGUACUUCCGCCACCUGUUCGUCACAGAGGAUGGGCAAGGGGAGGGGGGCGGAGGGAGCUUCACCGUGUGCCAGCUGGACUGCGUUGCUCCUGAUGCCCUAGACGCCCUCCUGGACUUCGCCUACACGGCCACGCUGACCAUCCCCAGCUCCGGCAUGAGGGACGUGCUGCGCGCUGCUCAGCUGUUGGGGAUCCAGUGUGUCGCAGACGCCUGCAGAGAGAUCCUAGGUGAGACAGAGGACACUGAGAUGCCUAUUGAGGACUAUAGAAUCCAACAAAACGCUCCAAAGAAAACACUACAAAAUGAUUGUGUGGCGAAAGUGUCCAGGCGAAAAAAUGACAAGAAGAAGGUGAAAAAAAUUGGUCAAAAUCACACAUCAGCUUUUACGCCUCCGUCGCCACUGUCCCAUCCGUCCCCUGCUUCCGACAGCCUGCGCUCUCUACCCUCCACGCGGCCGCCGAGUCCAGACAAGGAGGAGCUGCAGCUGAAAUGCAUGAACGGAGACCACAGAGCUGCAGAGCCGGAGGUGAACGGGCUAGUGAACGGCGGCCUGGCUCACUGGCUGCAGAAUCGCUCACACAGCCGCCCCUCCUCCGUCCCACGCUCCAUUGAUAAGUUCUCAGAGGAGGACGAGGUGGACAGCUUUGCGGAGGAAGCCCUCUUGAUGAAAAACAUCUCUGUGCCCACGUCUGCUCUUCAGGAGGUGGCUGUAGCGUCAGGAGCGGGAGGCGGCAGGAAGAGGAAGUCCCAGACGCCACAGCAAUGUCCCGUGUGUCAGAAGAUCAUCCAUGGAGCCGGGAAAUUACCCCGGCACAUGCGCACGCACACAGGAGAAAAGCCGUUUCAGUGCACGGCCUGCGGGGUCCGAUUCACAAGGAACGAUAAACUGAAGAUCCAUAUGAGGAAGCACACGGGAGAGCGGCCUUAUCUGUGCCCGCACUGCCCCGCUCGCUUCCUGCACUCGUACGACUUGAAGAACCACCUGUCCCUGCACAGCGGGGCGCGGCCCUUCGAGUGCCCGCUGUGCCACAAGGCCUUUGCCCGUGAGGACCAUCUGCAACGGCACCGCAAAGGCCAUAGCUGCUUAGAGGUACGCACGCGCCGGCCAAGACGUGGCCCAGAGGCGGAGGACGAGCAUGGCGAGGACAGACCAGAGCCCCCUGCCUCUCUGCAGGGACACCCUUCAGGGCUGCUGGCCAACGCACUGCGAGAGGAUGGGAAAAGCAGCUCUAGCACUGGUCCCCCGCACAUGUUCCAGGAUGAUGCUGAGAGGGAGCGCACAAUGGCCCUUCAGGCUCUGGCUCAGCUCGCUCCCCUUCAUCCGGCCUUCCUCUUGCGCAGCCUGGAACUCCACGGGCGGCAGGCGGAGGAGUCAAGGAGGGCUCAUACUUUGGCCUCACAGCGGGUGGGCUGGGCUGCACAUGUGGACCAAGAUGUAGCAGAUGAAGAAGAGGAAGAAUGA